AUGAGCAUUUUGAUGAUCAUGACGAGCCCAGGUGCCGAAACGAAAAGGUCUCGGAGAAACGAGGUCAGGCGGUACAACAAAUCGGAGGUUCCCCGCCUCCGGUGGACACCGGAGCUCCACAAUCAUUUCAUCGAGGCUGUGGAGCAGCUCGGAGGAAAAUACAACGCAACACCGAAGCGAAUUCUGCAGAGGAUGAGCGUGGAAGGACUGAAGAUAUCCCAUGUCAAGAGCCACCUUCAGAUGUACAGAAGUUCAAAGGAUGGUAGCAAAGUGGCUAAUGUAGUCCUUUGGCCAUGGGAAGGCUCUCAUGUUUAUAAAGCAAAUCAUCAACAAAACGAUGAGCCUCAAAUCAUCUGCACCAACAGGGUGGUGGAUACAGAAUGCUAUGGAUGGCCUUUGCAGACAAAGAAAGUCGAUGAUAAUGAAUACGAGGAGGCGCAGACGUCAGGGCAAGAAGGUGAUGGUGAGCUUAGCGAGAAUUGCGAGCUCUCGCUAUCGUUCAAUUCCUCGGUGACGACGCAAUGUGUAGCAGCAGAAGAUAAAGAGCCAUCAUGGCCGUUGGUGGUUGACGAUCCCAUCUCCCAGUCCGGUUCCGACAGCGGCAAUCAUCCUCCCCAAGCCAUUCGCUUGAACUUGGACUUAAAUAUCUGAAGCAUUGAGGUUUCGUCCCCGGCUUACCAGCCUCAGCUAGUGUUAGAAAGAAAUAGGCAUUAUAUUGAGACUUUAACUCUCAUGUUAAUAAUCCCGUAGAGACAACCGGCCUUCAUACCGAGAGUGGUGGAUUUGUCUAUUAGCUAACGUUUCAUCCGUUCCAGUAUUUUGUUCUGUACGUAUACGUACGCCCAUAGUUACUUCUAUUUCUUGAUGAAGAAAAUAAGUUUUAUCUGCUC